CGUUGCCGCCGCACUCCAGAGCGGGACAUCCAGGUGUACGGACGUGUUACUCUCAGGGUUAUCGCCUACGCCAACAUUUACCGUUGUAAAAUCCCGGCGAAUUCCAUCGACAAAACAGUGAAAAACCGUUCAUCAAUUGACAAUCGAGUGGGGGAAAGAAAAGGUGAAGAGUGAUUGAUUAAUCAGUGAUUUAUCGUUGAAAAGCCAACAGGAUACAAUCAAAAUGGUGUCCGGUGGUAUGACCUGUGUCAAGUACCUUCUGUUCCUCUUCAAUCUCAUCUUCGCGAUAACUGGGGUAGUAUUCAUCACUGUGGGUGGAGUGAUCCUCGGUUAUUACAGUGGCUAUCGUAGUUUUGUGGAUAAUUGGUUCUUCGCGGCACCAGUUCUUAUGAUAGUUGUUGGCGUUAUCGUCUUCCUGAUAUCAUUCUUCGGUUGCUGUGGGGCUGUCAAAGAAAACCACUGCAUGAUAAUUACAUUCUCAGUUCUUCUACUGCUUAUCUUCGCCCUCGAGCUAGGUGCAGGCAUUUCAGGGUACAUGAUGCGUAAUGAGGUCGGUAAGAUGCUACUUAACCGCAUGAACAACUCCAUGUCUACGUACCACACUGACAGUGAUGUGCACAAUGCCUGGGAUACCCUUCAAGUUGAUUUUAAAUGCUGCGGUAUUAAUGGAUCAGCCGACUGGUGGCCAGUGCAGUUCAAACAACCAAAAUUACCACCAUCCUGUUGUGCCGAGGUAUCAGCAACGGCCGAGUGCGAUGUUAAUGCUGUUGUUUCGAACAGCGAAGGAUGCUUGAAGAAAUUCAAGGAUACUAUUGAGAAUAAAGCCUAUAUAUUGGGUGGUGUUGGCAUUGGAGUUGCUCUGAUUCAGCUCAUCGGAGUGAUAUUCGCCUGCUUUUUGGCUCGAUCAAUUCGCCGUGAAUACGAGACUGUGGUUCGUUAACUUUGGACAAAUUGAUUAAUGAAACCACAGCACACUGAUCAGCCAUCAGUUAGGAGGCAUUCAAAAAGAAUCAAUUUAAUUUUGUUUCAAGUUAAAAAAAUCCACGAUUGAAAAAAACAAUUGGAACUACUCGAGAAACUGAUCGUGGGGAAAAUUUGUUUUUUUUACGUCAAUUGUCGAAUUUAAUCAUGUGCUUUUGAAUGUGUAUAGCGAGGAGUUAAUGCAGAAUGCGUUGAAAAUUGAUAAAACUCUAUAAAAUUUAAUAAACGAUUAAUUCAACAGUGAAGUGAUAGAACGUAACAAGCCAAUUGUUCAUAUUUUGUCAAAGUUGAAUGUAUCUCGAUAAUGAGUGAGACGUUUCCUGGCAUUUUUACCUGGAAAUGCUCAUUCUCGAGCUUUUGCAUCAUUGAUAAAAUACUUCAAGCAAAGCCAGAAAUAAAAACAUUCCAUCCAAUGCUUGAGAUCAUAUUAAAUUAUCUAGGUAAUUAGCAGCUGAAUGAAAAAUGGCGAAUAUCUUUUUCAAAAGAAAUUUAAAUUUCUACAAAAUAUAUUUCGACAUUCUCUCUUACAACGACUAAUUACCAAUAUAAAUUGGCCAUUAUAAAAAAUGAUCACUUUGACUUUUAAGUACGUUUUACAACUCAACUAAGGAAUUAAUUAAUUAAACUAAGAUGUUGAAAUUGUUCAGUCUCGAGGAGUACGUUCUAUGCUUGCUAAAUAACUGCCAAUUUGUCUAUUUGCCAAAUAAAAACAAUAUCAAAGACAGACAAGCACGAAAUGUCGAUAAAAACUGAAAAAGCCUCAAUUAUAAAACGCCUCAGCCAACGAUUAAAAUGCGAUAUGAGCCUAUUUUUGGGUUUUCAGAGGUGAAUAGACGAUCCUCGAGGACGGAGUGAUUGAGUGACGUUUUAGGACCGCUUAAGAUGAAUAAAAAGCGGCUUAAGUCCGCUAUUUACAAUGAAUCAUCUCGAACGAUUCGAGAUUAAACGCUUCUGCAUAUUGAGAUUAAUUAGUGAAAGGAGAUUUAUUCAAAUGAAAAAUUAUUAUAGUUGUCACUGGAAUUGUAUGCUAUUGAUGUACAACUGUUUCUCGGUGUCUUCAAUCGAAAUUUAUCAUUAAACAUAAAAAAAAAGAAACAGAAGGAGAAAUCUACCGAAUAGAGAUUGUUUUGGAAUUGAAAAAUUCUCCAUUCGGUUAUUUUUCUACUUCAGAAGAUAGAUUGAGCGAUUUUAGGAAAUAACUGUGAAUAAUGGACGUUAAGUUUUAGUUCACAGAUGAAAGUAUUAUUCAUGAUUCAGUAGAGGUGGGGCAGAAUCGAUUUAAUUAGUGAGCUCAUCGCAAUUGGUCAAUUACAGUAGUUUCCUAUUUUUCGAAUUAUCUCCGUAAUGGGUCGUGACGGGGGAAACAAGGUGAGAAAGAUUUUUUAUAGGAAUUUUUUUAUUUCUACAAAAAGGGUUCACGAUGUUUUCUUUUUAAAUCCGUAAUUACGAGAUAAUUAUGCGGCCCGAAAAGAUUUUCUUGCAACACAUUUCACACGAGGUAUUUGUAUAUUCAAGAGAAAUGCCACCUCUCCACUACUGAAUUAUCAUUACUCUUUUUUAAUUAUCAACAGCCGUCCAUUUUUAAUUACGAAGAUUAAAUAAAUAACAUUUGAUUUGUUAACUCUAUCAUUUGAAGUGCGCCUAAUGAUAAUUACUAUUACUUUUAAUUCAAUUAAGCAGUCUAAGGAUAAGAAUUUAAAUGUUUAGAUCGAACAUUAAUUAAUCUGCAACAUUAAUUGCUUGUUUAAAAAAAAGAGGGGAACAAAAGGGGGCGAAGAGAGGGGGUGAGGAAUUAUGAAUACAUAGUAAUAGCACAUGUCCAAAGUUUCGCUCCUUGUCAUUAACGAAUGAAAGAAAAAAUUUCAAAAAUUGAUUUAUUUUUUCAAUAUUUUUAUUUUUUCAUCUAUGAUAAUUUAUUGAUUUAUUGACCUGACACUAGACAAUCGCAUUGGCAUAAAUACAUGAAAAAUAUAUUUAAAAAAUAACAGAUGAAAAGAACAAUUCACAGACAAAAUAAGACACGCGAAAGACUGAAAAAUUGAAGGAAAUUUAUUAUAAUCAGUAUUAACUAAAGAAUUAACAAGAAUACGAAAAUGAGAUUUUUAAUGGAACAAUUGGUAUUCGAGAAUUUUAUAUAUUGAUCAAUUUAACAAUUGGCAGACUGAUUCGCAAUGCUUUAUGAAGAUGUUAUUUUCAUUCAUCUGAAUUAUGGAGAAUUAUACAAAAUACAAAUUUUAUUGUAAUGAUAUGAAAUAACUUUGUAUUACGAAGUAAUUUCUUUAUGAUGUUACUUAUUUUGUGGCAUAUAUAUUGAUAGGAGCCCAACGACUCGUCUCUAGCACAUAUUUGUCUAGCUUUUAUGGUAUAAAUAAAAUAAGUGAAAAUAAAAAAAAAUUAUAAAAUUCAGAACAA